AUGCCACCAGCUCUUGGAGGUGUUCCUUUUGCUCCCUAUAUGGUGAUACCAGCAUUACCACAUGGGAUGAAGGAGAAGAAAAAGUAUAAGCUGGAAGUCACAAUGAAGAGAAUCAACUGGUCAAAGAUUGAGCCUCAAGAGAUAGCAGAAAACAGCUUUUGGGUAAAAGCUGAAGAAGAUAAAUUCGAAAACCCAGAACUGUUUGCAAAAUUGGCACUUACCUUUGGAACACAAAUGAAAGCUAAAAAAGCAGUAGAAGAAUCAGAAGAAAAGAAAGCAGCUCAGUCAAAGAAAAAGAUUAAAGAAUUAAGAAUUUUGGAUGGAAAAACAGCACAAAACUUAUCAAUAUUUUUGGGUUCUUUCCGUUUGCCUUAUGAAGAAAUAAAAAAUAUCAUUUUAGAGGUUGAUGAAGAGAAGCUGAGUGAAUCCUUGAUUCAGAACCUAGUGAAGAAUCUUCCUGAGCAGAAAGAACUCAAUGCCUUGGCCGAAUUAAAGGAUGAAUAUAAUGAUCUUGCUGAGCCAGAACAAUUUGGAGUUGUGAUGAGUUCAGUGAAAAUGUUGCGGUCACGGCUUAAUGGGAUCCUUUUCAAGCUUAUGUUUGAAGAGCACGUAAACAAUAUCAAACCUGACAUUAUGGCGGUUACACUAGCUUGUGAAGAGUUGAAGAAGAGUGAAAGCUUUAGUAAGCUUUUAGAGUUAGUGCUCUUCCUUGGAAACUACAUGAACUCUGGCUCCAGAAAUGCACAGUCCCUUGGUUUUAACAUCAGUUUUCUUUGCAAGAUACGAGAUACUAAAUCAUCAGAUCAGAAAACAACCCUAUUGCAUUUUCUAGCAGAAAUCUGUGAGGAGAAUUACCGGGACAUCUUAAAAUUUCCAGAUGAACUGCAGCACGUUGAGAGUGCAAGUAAAGUUUCAGCCCAGACUCUGAAGAGCAACCUAGAUUCAAUGAACAAUCAGAUCCAGCGUCUAGAAAGUGACAUUGAGAAUUUCCCUAAAACACAAGAUGAACACGAUAAGUUUGUAGAAAAGAUGAGCAUAUCCUUUUUGCAUAGUGCCCGAGAGCAAUAUGAAAAAUUGUCCAACAUGCACAACAACAUGACUAAAUUGUAUGAAAAUUUGGGAGAAUACUUUACCUUUGAUCCCAAAGCAAUAAGCAUAGAAGAAUUCUUUGGUGACCUGAGCAACUUCAGAACUCUGUUUAUG